CCGGGAAGAACGGGCGUUAGUCGGUGUCGAUCGUUGCGUGCGUUAGGAUGGCCGUGAAUGUGGUACGAUGGUGGCUGAUUGGUUCGGUGCUGCUGGUGCUAUGGGCGGGCUGUCACAUUCAGUGUGCUAGUGGCCAGCUGGGUGCUGCUGGCAGUGGUGGUGGUUCGUGGUUAGACAAGUUUAACAAACUGCUCAGUCGUUCGAAGACGCGCAAUGCUACCGAAGACAACGAGGUUCUCGAUGCGGAAGAGUACGACUUCAUCGUGGUGGGCGGUGGAACGGCUGGAAUGGUGCUGGCCACCCGGCUGUCCGAAAAUCGUAACUGGAGGGUGCUGCUGCUAGAGGCGGGCCAGUACGGAACGAAGCUGUUUAACAUCCCGAUCGGGUUCCAGCUGGCCGUCCUGUCCGAUGCGUACAAUUGGCGGUUCUUGAGCGAACGGCAGCAACAUGCAUGCUGGGGAACGAUCGACGGUCGCUGUCCGGUGGACAUCGGUAAAGGUGUCGGUGGAAGCACGCUCAUCAACGGACUCAUCUUCUCGCGCGGCAAUCGCGAUGACUACGAUCGCUGGAGCGCGGCCGGAAACGAUGGCUGGUCGUACGACGAGGUGCUGCCAUACUUUCGCAAGUUUGAAAAGGCGACCGGUGAAAAGCCGGACGGUAAGUUCCGUGCCGCCGGCGGUCCUGUACGGGUGGAGCGAUCGGCGUACCGAUCGGAGCACGCACGCAUCUAUCUGGAAGCGGCAAAGGAGGCCGGCUACCAGCACGUCGACUACAAUGGGCGUACGCAGUUUGGAAUUUCCCCCGUACAGGCAACGAUGACGAAGGGACAGCGGCUGUCCGCCUACAAUGCCUAUCUGCAACCGGUACAGAAGAAGCGAACGAACCUUAAAACGCUGACGGGCGCGCUGGUUACGAAGAUUAUGAUCGAUCCAACCACGAAGGUGGCGGAAGGAGUUCGAUUCACCCGAAAUGGACAACGGUUUGAGGUGCGGGCUCGCAAGGAGGUGAUCCUCUCCAGUGGUGCCAUUCUUACCCCACAGCUCCUGAUGGUGUCGGGUGUGGGACCAAAGCAGCACCUCGAAUCGCUCGGCAUACCGGUGAUUGAGGAUCUUCCCGUCGGUGAAACGCUGUACGAUCAUCUCGGCUUUUCCGGGCUGCAGAUCGUGAUGAACGGUACCGGGUUCUUUGCACCGGGAGACAUUCCAACGUUCGAGAACUUCUACGAGUAUCUCAAGGGCAAGGGCGUGCUGACCGUGCCGGCGGCAGUAGAGCUCGUUACCUAUCCCAAUCUGACGCUCGCUGGCCGGCGCGGACCGACGCUCGAGCUGAUGAAUCUGAUCAGCUCGUUCGCCGUGGACAAGGGUACGACGGCGAAGAACAGUGUGCGCAUGCGAGAUGACAUCUACGAAGCCGUCUACCGACCACUCGAGACGCAGAACCACUUCACCAUCAUCGUGCAGAACCUACACCCACUGUCCAGCGGAACGGUUCGGCUGCGCACGGCCAACCCCGCCGAUGCGCCCAUCAUCGAUCCGAACUAUCUGGCCGAGGAGCUCGACGUAGACGUAGUGCUCGAAGGCAUUCGUGAAGUGCAGCGUGUCCUCGAGACGGAGGAGAUGCGCCGGUACGGGGCGACCGUGUGGGCCGCACCGCUGCCCAACUGUGUGCAGCACGAGCGCGACUCGGACGACUACUGGCGCUGUGCCAUCCGCACCGUGUCGUUCUCGCUGACCCACUUCAUGUCCAGCUGCAAAAUGGGGCCACCGACGGACGCCGAUGCGGUCGUUAGCCCCGACCUGCGGGUGUACGGGGUGGAGAAUUUGCGCAUCGUCGAUGCCAGCGUUAUUCCGGAACCGGUUUCCGCGCAUCCGAUGGCAGCGGUCUAUAUGGUGGCGGAAAAGGCGGCCGAUCUGAUCGCACACCAGUACGCGGACGACUGAACGUUGCGCUGGGCUGGGCGUGGGAUGCAACGGGGAAGAGGGACUUUCGCAGCGAUUUGGCGAUACCACGCGAUGGUACAAUGUCGUAACGGGUGAGAGCGGGUGAGUUUGACCGGAUACCCGACGAUUAUCACAUCGCUCGAUUGGCGCUGGGUGUAGCGUUCAGCAGGGCAUGUUUGUACCGGCCGUUCGGGCCCGGCAGUGGUGAAGUUUAUUAGGUUAAGCUUGAAAAACAUCGAUCGAUAAUAAAUUAGUAUUAAUUUAUACAAAGCUUGCGCAAUGGGCGCCGUUCCAGGAGGAGUUUGGUUUUGAGAAGAAAUUUUCUUCAUCUGCACAUCUGGCACAUCGGUUGGAUUUGCGGAAGGAUGCGUAAAGCUAGAAUGUCUCAAUUAGUUCUG